AUGCCUCGUACUUUCUCUGUUUUGUCUUCCCUGCUGUGUUUGGGCUCUGUGUUUGCACAGAAUGCUUCCACCACAUCUUCUUCGGCAGUGCCCACUGGUUCAGCUAUUGCAGGUGACUAUAGUGGUGCGUUGAGGCCGCAGGUGCAUUUCUCACCACCCAAGGGUUUUAUGAACGAUCCCAAUGGUCUGUUCGUUGACGCUGACGGUCUUUAUCACGUAUAUUAUCAAUACAACCCAACAGCAGAUGUAGCCGGCAACCAGCAUUGGGGUCACGCUACAACGACUGAUGGCUAUACCUUCGAGAACCAGCCUAUUGCGAUCUUCCCUCCGAACAACGAGACAUUUGUGUUCAGUGGCUCGGCAGUUGUCGAUGUAAACAACACCAGUGGCUACUUUCCUGGACAAGAUAACGGUGUAGUUGCCAUCUACACUUUGAACAACAGCACGUCCCAAAACCAGAACAUCGCAUUCUCAAAGGAUGGUGGUUACACUUUCGAGCCUUAUGAGGGCAACCCGGUCAUUGACAUCGGCUCGACCCAAUUCCGUGAUCCUCAGGUCUUCUGGUACCCUCAGACCCAAAGCUGGGUGAUGGUCACAGUUUAUGCUGCUGAGUUCACUGUCGGCAUCUACACUUCACCCGAUCUCAAGGACUGGCAGCACGCCUCCAACUUCUCGCAUCAUGGCCUGCUGGGCAUCCAAUACGAGUGUCCCAAUUUGGUUGAGAUGCCUGUAGAGGGCUCAGACGAGACCAUGUGGCUCAUGUUCAUCUCCAUCAACCCCGGUGCUCCUCUCGGAGGCUCAAUCUCGCAAUACUUCCCAGGUUCCUUCAAUGGCACACACUUCGAAGCCGUCGACCCCGUCGCUCGUAUCUCUGACUUCGCCAAGGACAACUACGCCGGUCAAUUCUUCUCCGGCAUUCCUGGCACCGAGAAGCGUCUGAGCAUGGACUGGGCCAGCAACUGGCAGUACACCAACGAUGUUCCCUCUGCAAAGGAAAACUGGCGCAGCUCAAUGACGGUCUUCCGCCAGAACCAUCUCAAGAAGCUGCCUACCAUUGGUUGGGACCUCGUCAGUUCGCCUUUCAACAUCAGCUCGCAGUUCUCUCGGGUCCUUGCUUCCAACUCUUCGCUCGGCAACAACAGUAUCUUGCUCGACUACUCAAAUGUUCCUUCGGGUGCACUGUACUUCGAAGCCAAUGUUACUGGACUGACCCCUGCUACCUUGGCUGGAAGCUUGAACUUCACAUUCACCUCUUCUGUCAGUGGCGAGAACCUUCAGGGCGGUACCAUCCCUGGCGGUAUCACUUGGGUGUCUCGAAGAAACGCCGGCUGGGGUGCUGAGAACCCUUACUGGACCGAUAAGUUCUCUGUCAAUGGCAUCUACAGCGGCAGUGAGAACGGUACUUGGGCGAUCAGUGGUAUCCUCGACCGCACCAUCCUCGAGUUGUUCGUCAAUGGAGGCGAGCAGAGUGGCACCGUGACGUUCUUCCCUGACUAUCCGCUCGACACUCUGAGAAUUGGAGCCAAUAGCAUUCCCGAAGGCGCCGGUGUCAGUGUGGCUGUCUGGGGCCUGAAAGAUGCCUGGGCUAGCCAGGCAAAUGAUGAUGGACUCGUUUUGGGUAACACCACAACUUCAGCAUAG